AUGCCGCCAAAAACGAGCGUACGUCUUAGCCUUCAGUCUGCAAGAGCGUCCGCUAUGAGGGCAAGAAGGGCCCGCGAGUCCCAGGAGCAGACUACAAUGCGACUAUCACAGGUCGCUCAAUGCAGCGCCCUCGCGCAGGCGUCGCAGUCAGAAGAGGAGCGUGCUACCUGCUUGGCUGGGAAAGCUGCCUACAGAGCUUCGUUGCGAUCAAGGUUCAAGAAUACCCAACGGUCGAGAAUGAAUGCACAGGCUGCAGCACACGCCUCAGCAUCUCGGGCUUCCGAGACUCAUCAUCAGAGGCUUCUUCUUAACGUAACAAACGCUGCUGCCACUGCAAAAUCAAGGGCAAUGGAGACACUUGACCACAGGCGCGCCCGUCAAUCCAGGGACGCUGCUGUGACAGCGAGCGUCAGGGCUGCUCUAGACAACUCUCCGUCGAGGGCAGCUGAAACAUUCGACCGCAAACGAGCCCGUCAAUCCAGGGAAGCUGCUGCAGCUGCGAGCGGUAGGGCUUCUGAGACACGGCUAUUUAGACUACAACCUACAGGCCGAAAUCCGGAUCGGUAUUUUGCCGCCGUCGGGAAGAGUUCCUCGCAGGGACGUCAUACUACUACUUCAGACCACGAGGUUAACAGCUACAUUCGCAGUUUCAAAUAUGCUUUGGAAAAUGCUCCCUUUCCUUCCUUCAGCAUUGUAAUUGACGCCGACAACCGGCCUCAUGAUGAACACGAACGAAGUGGCCGCUAUUAUACAUGGGGAGCAAGACCGCACUCGCGAUAUUGUCCUCAAAUCAAGAGGCGGCGCUCUUUGCAGGAUUUCGGAGACCCAUCGAUCAUAUGA